CGUCCUUGCGGAACUGUUCUUCUGAACAUCACCUUCAUCUCUGACACACGUGCUGCGCGGUGGGAGGGAUUUUUGAAUCGAUCCGAAACAGACUGGGUGGAGCGCCGCAGCACAAACUUAAAGAGGAGGAAGGGGGGGAAAAAAAGCUUUGAACCGAUCAGUCGUGUUUCUGUGCCCGGAAAGUCAGUGCGGAUCAGUCGGUAGAGCUGCGCUUAAACUCCAACUCUGUAUCUAAGUAUUUGCUGUCAUUUUUAUCGGAGAAAAAAAAAACAAAAAACAAACAAAAAAAAAAAAAACAAGACGAAACAACCAGAGCGGCAAAAUGAGAAAGUUAGAGGAAGGAAAAAGUUGAAACUUCUUCAUACAUUUAUUAUUAUUACUAUUGUACUGCUGCUUCAGUGAGAGAAACCGCAUGCAGUGAGGGGCGAUGGGGCUGUGAGGGUGUUAACACGAGGCAGCUUUACUCUGCACCCUCGCUGUUUUGCCAAAUGACUGUCUCCAGAAAACAGGAUUUACACUCGUCCGGAAACUGAUUGUUUUCAGUGAACCCUCCUCAUGCUGGAAGACCCCGCUCUGACAAACAUGAACAGCAGCUCAAAAUGCCACGGCCAGCACUCGAUUGUUGGCCAAGGCAACAAACCAAUAACCAUCACUUUCUUUUCGCUCGGAGUGCUGGGAAACCUGCUGGCCCUCUUCAUCCUCUUAGUGCAUCAGAAGGAGAACCGCUCCCGGUCCUCGGUCUUCUACAUCCUGGUGACCGGCCUGGUCCUCACCGACCUGCUGGGAACCUGCCUCCUCAGCCCACCGGUGUUCAUCUGCUACGCCCACAACAUGUCCUUGAUCGGCCUCGGCGGGGAGAAGCUGUGCAACCUGUUCGGCUUUGUGGUGAACUUCUUCGGACUGGCGUCCACCCUCAUCCUGUGCGCCAUGGCCCUGGAGCGCUGCAUGGCCAUCAGCCACCCGUAUUUUUACUCGGUGCACAUCCGCCCCACUUUUGCCAAAGUCGCCCUCUUCUUCGUUUACCUCUUCUCCUUGGGUUUCUGCCUCUUGCCGUUCAUCGGGUACGGUAAAUUCAGGCAGUACUGCCCAGGGACGUGGUGCUUCAUGGAUAUGGGGGACGCCCCUGGCACCUGGGAAGAGCGUGGGAAAUUGAUCCUGGCCUUCUCGCUGUCCUACUCCUCGCUCAAUGCGCUGCUGAUCUUCGUCGUGUUCGUCUGCAACGGCUCGGUGAUCGUCAGCCUGUGCAAGAUGCACCGCAGCCACCUGAUGCGCCGCGGCUCCGUGGUGUCAGUGGCCCGGAAGAAAAAGUUGAGCCUGGCCUGGUUCGGACGCGGGGAGGAGGAGAUGGACCACGUGGUGAAUUUGGCGCUUAUCACGGUCAUCUUUAUGGUGUGCUCCAUGCCUCUAACCAUUGCCGGCUUUAUGAAUGCCGUUAAGCCAUUCUCCGGAGACGGCGAAAACUUCAAAGCGUUCCGCUUUUACUCUUUAAACCCCAUCAUGGAUCCCUGGGUCUUCAUCAUUUUCCGCAAGUCGGUGUUUCAUCACCUCUGCUCGCUGCUGUCCUGCCGGUUUGGCAAAGGAGCCAUGAAGUCGACGGAUCACUGCGCCUUGUCUUUCCCACUCGACCACUCCAUACCCCGCAACCCGUAAACACAGGAGCUGCUCUUACUGACAAAACUGACUCUCUGCCACAACCCAGAGCAGACUCAUUAGCAGGGAAGGACGAAGCAGUCCAGGCAAAGAGAGAGAGAGAGAAAGAGACUGUCUGGUCUGAAAAGACGAUUUAACAAACCUGGAGUGAGAGGGAUCUUGAAUGUACAGCUUGCAUUCAAAGACAGAUGAUUCUCUGAACGCGUCUGUCGCCGUUGUUCCACCUCAACACCGCAAAAGGAGUCGUGCCAAAAACCGAAGCCCAACUGCUUCGAUCAGAGCGAUUUGAUAAACUGUUGUGGAUAUUUAACACUUUCCUCACAACUAUUUCCUGAACACAUACACACGCGCACACACACACACACACACACAGUGAAACUUUUGACCUCUACCGUUCACUUGAAGCAUUUGACCUCAUACUGUGGCCAUGGUCAGGGACGGGUGACUUCAGAUGAGCAUGUCUAAUUAAAAUGAGUUGUAUGUAGAAACUGGUGGGGACUUAGACAGUACGAUUCAGAACGUGUGCAACAAACUCAAGUCAUAAUACAAAAACCACAGCCUGAAGUUGCUUUCAUAUCAAAUUCUGCUCAGUUCGGUUUGUUUUCGAUGCAUCGUCUCACUACACAUCAACUCCUAUCUAGAAAUAUAUGAUUAAAUGAAUCCAGCCAUUUAGAUAGCUUCAAAUUAAAAACACACUAGUAGUAUCACCCCAGUUAGGAUGGAGAGCAGCCGCAUUCAGUUUGUAAAAGAUUUUCUGUUUAAAGGAAUCACGAGUAGUUUAGAGCAAAACCACUUUAAUUCAUAUGUGCUUCUUGUUCAAUAUUGAUGUCAGUAUAGGCUUGUGGAGUCAAGUGUUUAAUCUUAUAUUUCUGCAGCUUCAGGUGGGACGUUUGCCGUUUACAGACAUGCAAUCAGUAGACUUACUUCUUCCAAGUUUUAAUCAUGAGUUGUUGCUGAUCUAAAUGUUUAUUGAAUGUCUGUGGUCCAUGUAAUGCAUCUUAAAGGCUCUAUAAAUCCUGUGUAAUCAUCGUUGUGUUCAUCUCAGAAGGUGUGCUCAUUGGACUUCCUUUUGUAUAUUUAUUUGUGCUUGUGAAAGAAAUCUCUACCGUUUCACAACUUCAAUUGUUUUUAAAUGACUAACGAUGGCUAAAAUAGUUAUUUAAUGUAAUUUUUUUUCCCCACUAGAAUUUCUGUAAAUUAUUCAACUUUGUGUCAUUUUCAUGGAUAUAUGACCUGGGUGACAUCGAAAGAUGCUCUUCCAACAAAAUCUUCAGGAAAUCAAGCCGGUCCAGUUAUUCACGGCAAUAUAAGUUAAUCAAAUAUGAUCAUGUUCAAGUCCAAUAACAUACUAAGCAAACAAUUAUCAAACAAUGUCAGUAAAUCUUGCUGUGACUCCUGAUUGUCCACCUCAGGAAACACAGUACACUCCUGUAUCUGUGGUAGACUCCGGCCCCUAACCGAUCCCGUCCUGGUUUUAGUCACGUUAGUAUUUACACUUCUUGUUUUAACUAUUUGUAUCAGCAGGUGUGGAAGACAAGUCGACGCCUGGUAGCCAUUUCCUGACAUUCGGAGAUCAGUACACGUUUGCCUCACUUCGUCUGGUCUUUUUGAUUUUACAGAGUUUCUACAGUAAAACAACAAAACUUCUCAGGCUAAAUUAGUACACAUCCUCUUAAAGACAAGAAUGCAAGCUUGUUUCUCUUGUGAAUGUUAGGUGUAAAGCCUUAUGUCUAAUUUUAGACUGAAUUUUGACUGAUGGAACAACAAAGACUUGAAUGCCAAACUGACAAGUUUACUUAAAGUAUUGGUUAAUUCUUUGAAAAAAAAAAAGUGAAAAAUUGUUUAUUUUUAGUAAACACUGAUCCACCUGCAGCAAAUGAAUGUAGUAAGAAAAACUGAUGUAUUAUGUUUGGUCCUGGGUUUAAACUAUGCGUGUUCACUUGAUGGCUUAGUGGGACCUUAAGCUAACUGCCUGUACUAAAUUGCCCUUGGGUGUAAGUGUGUGCUUGCAUAGAUCCACAGUGGUGCCACGAGCUUCUUGAGCAGGUAUAUUAAAGAAAUUAUGCUUGUGCGUUUGA